AUGCUCAUGGGUAAAAAAAGAAUUAACAAUCAGAAGUUACAGUUGGCUGGUCAGAAAUGCCUUUUUUUCAUUACAGCGGUCACUUUAGCAGAGAGUGGCCUAUGCUGUCCAAAGGACUGCAGUUGUGAACAUCUUUCAGUAAACUGCACUGAUAGACAACUUGAAGAAUUUCCCACUGGUAUCCCAAUGGAUACUAGGCAGCUGAUCCUAACUCAUAACAAUCUGACCUACCUUCCAUCAAUGGAUCUCAACCUUCUAAUUGAUUUGGUGUACCUGGAUUGCAGCCACAAUAUUUUAGCAGACUCUUUGGAAGCUACCUUCAUUGCUGUGCCAUUGGUUUACCUGGACCUAAGUCACAACAACAUUUCCAAGAUUACAACAGGUACUUUUUAUCUUUUGUCAAGUCUGGUUGUCUUAAAGCUUUCAGACAACCCCAACUUGGAGGAAGUUGAGAAGGAUGCCUUUGCCAACAACACAGGCCUUCAUCAGUUGGAUCUCAGUCGAACUGCACUGACUUACUUAGAUGUCACUACAGUUAGUGAGCUGCCUAGUCUACGAACACUAGGCCUUAGCUCCAACCCCUGGGACUGCUAUUGUACUAUGAAAGACUUCCUCAAGUGGGUCACAGACAGUGAUAUUAACUUCACAGAUGAAGAAAACAUGACAUGUGCAACCCCUCUUCAGAUUCAUGGGAAACAGCUAAGAGAUACAGAAAGACAUAUUAGUCUAAUGUGUUUUACCAAUCUAUAUGAGAGAGACUAUCUCUUCCUAAUGCUAGUUGGAUUUGUCAUCUUCAGCUCCGGUACAGUGGUAGCAUGGCUAACUGGUGUUUGUGUAGUAAUAUAUGACCGAUUGUGUGGCUCGACUGAAGAUGAUGAAGACCAAGAUGAUGAAGAACCUCCUCCUCCAAAACCCAAGAAAAAGAAUGAAGAGACCUAA